CGCGGCGCGGCCCCGCCCCUCGCACGCAGCCGCCAUUGCGGGUUGUUUGUGCGGGCGCGCAGCGAGCGCGGGCGGGAGGCGGCGCCGCGGCUCCGCCAUGUCCACUCCGGCGCGCCGCCGCCUGAUGCGCGACUUCAAGAGAUUGCAAGAGGACCCUCCUGUGGGUGUCAGUGGUGCACCAUCUGAGAAUAAUAUAAUGCAAUGGAAUGCAGUUAUAUUUGGGCCAGAAGGGACACCUUUUGAAGAUGGUACUUUUAAACUAGUAAUAGAAUUUUCUGAAGAAUAUCCAAAUAAGCCUCCAACUGUUAGGUUUUUAUCAAAAAUGUUCCAUCCAAAUGUGUAUGCAGAUGGCAGCAUAUGUUUAGAUAUUCUUCAGAAUCGCUGGAGUCCAACAUACGAUGUUUCAUCUAUUUUAACUUCAAUUCAGUCUCUGCUUGAUGAACCCAAUCCAAACAGUCCAGCAAACAGUCAGGCAGCACAACUUUACCAGGAGAACAAACGUGAAUAUGAGAAAAGAGUUUCAGCUAUUGUUGAACAAAGUUGGAAUGAUUCGUAACAGCUUCUGUGUUACCCUUCAUCCUCAUAAUCUUUAUGUACAAUUUAACUCUCAAUAGAAAGGCUACCAGAAGUUUCAAGUGCCACAGUUCUAUGAAUUUGCAUAAAAACUCGUUUGCAAACAAAAUUGAGCCCUCCAGUUUAGGGAAAGCUAAAAGCUUGUGUAUCUCAAUUAAUGUCCUUUUUAUUGCAUGGUAAGAACUAAGUUAUUGCUACAUAAAUUUGUAAUAUAUCCUGUUUGUAUUUUUUUUCCAAGUGUAUAAUGUUGGUGUGGAGUUUUCAUGACAGAAUAUACACAUUUUGUAAAUCUGUACUUUUUCAAACAUUGAAUGCCUUAUUUUUGAAUUCUUUAGAUUUUUAAAUUGGAGAAAAGCACUUAAAGUUUUUAUAUAUGAAUAUUUCAUGUAAAACUGUUAAAUACAUAACCUUAGUGCAAGA